AUGAACGCUUUCCUCGAUCUUGCAGUCGAGAAGCAUGGUGUAAAGCGAUUCGUUCUCCCGUCUGGUAGCUCACUGACGAAGGAUAGGUAUUACACGGGGCAAGUGUGGCAGCACCUGGAGGACGUCGGCGUUGAUCAUACUGUGCUCCUAGCUGCAUGGUUCACAGAUGGCAAGGUUCCAUUCGUCAGCGCCACGGAUAUUGCGACUGUCGCCUUCCAUGCGCUCACAGAUACGAACCCGCACAAUACCGACUAUAGGAUCCCCAGUCCUGAGCUAUUGACCUACGAUGAGAUUGCGGCCAAAAUCAGCAGCGGGUUGGGACGCAAAGUCGUGCAUGUCAAGCGCUCUGAGCAAGAGAGGGUACACAAAUUCAUGAGCAUGCACAUGCCGGAACAGUUCGCGAGGUUCAUGACCUCCCUCGAAGUCUCGAGUGCAAAUGGAACGGAGGAUAGGAUGAAUGAUGUCGUAGAGAAUAUGACGGGACGGCCUCCGCAGGGCAUGUGUCAAACAUGGACAGGGUGA